UAAAAAGAAGAAGUCAAAAAUCAAAAAUGAAAAUAAGAAAGAAGUUUUUAUUGAUAAUUUUUAAAAAAAAUUAUUUAUUCUAAUGUAAUCUAACAAAUACAUUAAAAAUGAAUCAGAUAAUUGCUGUUUACUAAUGUACUGAUAUUUAGUAAUAAAUAGGAAGUUACGCGUUCUCGUAACAAAUAAGUAAAAUGGAAGCUCGAGUAUUAUCCAUUCAAAGUCAUGUGGUUUCAGGAUAUGUUGGGAAUAAAAGCGCAGUAUUCCCAAUGCAGGUAUUGGGACUAGAUGUGGAUUUCAUAAAUUCCGUUCAGUUUUCAAAUCACACGGGCUACAAGGUCGUGAAAGGACAGAUUUUAACAGAAAAAGAAUUGGACGAGAUAAUAACGGGGUUAAAAGCGAACGGUCUCGAUAUUUACACUCAUUUAUUAACAGGCUACAUUGGAUCAAAAUCAUUUUUAUGCCAAAUCAUUAAUGUAGUUAAAGAGUUGAAGAAGAAAAAUCCGAAUCUAAUAUAUGUAUGCGAUCCCGUAAUGGGAGAUAAUGGAAAGUUGUAUGUUCCUAAUGAAUUGCUGCCUAUUUAUCGAGAGUCUGUCAUUCAACUUGCUGAUAUAAUAACUCCAAAUCUAUUUGAAGCAGAGCUACUAUCCGAGGUACCUAUUGAAGAUAUAUCUGAUGUUUGGAAAGCUGUAGAUGUUCUACAUAACAAGGGCUGUGAAACAAUUAUCAUAUCUUCGGCAGAUAUCAAGGCUAAACCCGGAAUUUUAUACGUCUUUGCUAGCAGGAAGAAAGAGAAAAAUGAGAAGUAUCUAAUGGAAUUAAAUAAAUAUCCCAACAGUUUCACUGGAACAGGAGAUUUAUUUGCUUCCCUGAUGUUAUCGUGGAUGCAUAAAACAAAAAACGAUUUGAAAAAGUCGCUGGAGUAUACAAUUGCAUCCUUACAAUCGGUAUUGAAGAAAACAUUGGACAAUAUGCAAGGCAAAGGAAAUGAUGUUAAGAAUAAAGAACUUAGAAUAAUACAAAGUAAAACUGAAAUUGAAGAACCAAAGGUCAUUUAUGAAGCUGUUAUUGUUGAGUAACAACCUAUUAGUUGUUGUAAUAAUCGAAUUUUUACAUUUUUAUCUAUUUUAUAAAAGUAGAAUGUUAUUGUUUUUAAUUUUAAGGUAUAUAUUUCAAUGUGAUAAGUAGCAAAGUCUUCCAUAAACAGUCUUAUGAACAAUAUCAGCCAUAUUGU